UGCUGUGACUGUGCAAAUCAGUACUACCAUGAGAAGCCAAAAAAGAUAAGUCAUUCUCCCUAAAACCAAAUGUUCCAUUCAUUUCAUUUGCAUCCUUUUUUUUCCUUCGUUCUUUUUCCUUUUCCUUCGCUUGUCUCAAAAAAUACCCUUGUUAAGCUAACCCUAGCUAAGUCGGCUAACUUAGAUACCUACUAUUGCAAUACAAUUCCACAAAAAAGCAAUAUUUAGGUUUCCUUUUUAUUUAUUGUUUGAACAGUUUCUUUUCCUAAAGAUUGUGUGACAAUCUUGUUUUGUUUUUGAGAUUUGGAGGUUGAACAAAGAAGUUUCAUUGGGCUAUGGGAUUUGUAGCGUACCUUGUCAGUGUUUCUCGGGAUCAGCAUCAUCUGAAAACAGCAGCAGUAAUAUUAUUGCAGAAGUAGCAGGUUAAUUCUCAGAUCUUAUAAAGUGGUCUAUUCUUACAAAUUAAGACAGCAGAGGGAAAAAAAAAGUGUCUGAAUAUGCAAAGAAUUGUGAAGUAAGAUUGAUAAUGAAGAGAGCAACAGGAGGAGAGAUAGUGCAAGUAGAAGGAGGCCAUAUUCUCCGGUCCACUGGUAAAAAAGACCGCCACAGCAAAGUUUAUACUGCAAAAGGACCUAGAGACCGAAGAGUCCGUUUAUCUGCUCACACUGCUAUUCAAUUCUACGACGUUCAAGACCGAUUAGGCUAUGACCGACCUAGUAAGGCGGUCGAUUGGCUUAUCAAGAAGGCGAAAAACGCCAUUGAUAAGUUAGAUGAGUUGCCUCCUUGGAACCCCAGAAUUGAUGCAGCUGAUGGGAGCUCAAGUGGUAAUAAUAUCGUUUUGGAACAACAACAGCAACAAAACCAACAACAAGAGUUUCAGCUUCAAAGACAAUUAGAAGAAAAUAACCCAAGUGGUAAUAAUUCUUCUAAUUCAUAUAUGAUGCAAACGCAUACUGGAGGAGAAACACAGUCGCUUGGUGAUACUAUGAAAUCAUUUUUUCCAAUGAAUUCAGGGACUUCAUUAAUGAAUUUCCAAAACUAUCCACAUGAGAUAAUGCCAAGAUCAGCUUCAUUUCAGAGUGAAGAUCUUGGCUUAUCUCUUCAUAGUACUACUUUUCAUGACCAGAAUUCUAACCAUAGGGCUUCUUCUAGUCAUGACCACCAAACAAUUUUCUCAAGUCAAAAUUUUGAAACAAAUUAUUCAAGAAUGGCAGGUUGGAUAUUACCCCAUCAUCAGCAAACAUUGUACUCCCAACAACCACAAGGUGCUGUAUUUCCUCAAAGGGAACCCCUUCAGUCCAAUUUUUCACAGUUGAUUCAUGCUUGGGAAGAGCGGCCGCCAAUGAAUCAUGUCCAUCAUCAAGCAGAAAUUUCCAAUAGACAUUUCAUUUCAGAUUUCCAAAUUCCAGCUAGGAUUCAUGGUGAACAUGAGGAGCCUUCCUCUGCUUCUCCCAAUUCUCACUAUUGAUUGUUGAUUAAAAGGUUGAUUGGAUAUAUUGACAUCAUCGAAGAACAAAUGUGCAUUAUUUGGAGGAGAACAUGGUAAGAGUUUCAAAGAGAUGUAACUGUAUUUCUUAUCGUAGUUUUUGUGGAUUUAGUCAAUUACGUUAGGGUGCUGAAGUCUUGUUUUGAUUGCAAAUCUUCCGCCUAUUUUGUUUGAAUUGUUUGAGUGAUAUUAUUGGAAACUUAAAUUGCUAGUAGACUCAGUUCUUCAGAGCCUGCUAGAUAAAAUAUUUUUUGUUCUGUGAUUUAGAAUUCGCCUGUCUUUGCAUAUUAAUUUGUCUUAAGGAUUUAUAGAAUAUAGUGGGAUGUCUUUAUUCUUGU